CCGGCCCGGGGGAGGGGGGUACCCGGCGGCCCCGGGCUCCAGCGCGGCUCCAUCCCUGCCGCACCGCAGCGCGGGGAUGAGCCCUCCCUCCCCGCCCCGGCCCCACGCCCGCGGCCCCCUGGACAGCUUGGCUUAUUAGCCCCGCAGCUCUGCCGCCCGGGACCGCGCCCUGCCGAGCCCCUCGGCCAAAAUGAUCAGCCCCCUGCCGCUGCUGAUGGCUCCUUUAGAGUCGCGAGUGCCCCUUCUCCCUCCCUGGAGUAGUGACCUUGCAAAGGACGCUAAAACCCCGUUAAUUAAUAGGCCCCGCAUGAAUAGGGGGACUGCCAGCUUCCAAUCUAGAUGAAGCUGCUGUUCUAAAAAGGAAGGGGCAGAAGGCACCAGAGCCAUUGACUUCAAUGAGCAUUUUGUUUGGGGAGUAGGAGCCACCCCUUAUCCUCCUGUGAGUUUUAUUGAUUUUUUUUUUCCCCUGAUGAGAGAGUGCAAAGCCAGGUGUGAAGGGCGAGGCACUUGCAGAAUUAUGUUUUUUUUAUUGGAAGAUAAUUGUAUAAGCCGUAAUGUCUUCCAGUUACUUCUGUAUUCUUCCUACUUAUAAACUCUGGAUUUGCAGACAUGAUUAGUGAUUGUUCCUGCAUUGAAGCGGUAUAAUAUUUUGGGUGUCCAACUUAAGACCCCUUCGGAGGACCUCAGAGCAUCCUCUGACAAGUAGGCCCUUCACAGUGACUGGGUUUCAGAAGCCAGUAUCACUAGUACCUUUUGAAAAUCUCUCUGCAGUUUGAAGGCUAGAGGGGAAGGAAAAAAACCCGACCCUGAAGAAGAGAGGAGCCCAACUUGCAGUUCUGUGAGAGAUCUGCAGGUCUUGGGUCUUGUGGGUGUGGAGGCAAUCUCUGGGGGAGAAAGGGGUAAAAGUGGGGUAACAUGAGCUGCUGUUCUUCUAUCAGCGCUCUACUCACAUGCAAAUAGCAGCAAGCCACCUCCUUGCCUCCAAAUCCUCUUGGAGAGCCAUGUGGCUAAGGCAGAGGGAGGCUCAGGUCCACAGUGGAUGGCCUUCAGCAACGAUACUGUGUUCUUGUGAGUCUAACUAAACUGCUGAUUUCAACCACCCCAUGCUUCCGUUUUCCUUCCUGGCUCAAAUUUUUUCUCCCUUGAGAAGAAAAUCUGCCCUUAACUCUGCAGUUUGAAGUUAUUUUGCCCUCUGGAUGGUUUGUGUGUGGGAUGGUCCUAGAAGAGCCAACUGACUUUUUUGUAUGCCAAAAACAAAAUCAUUGGAGCCAAAUCAGACUGUGUGCGCUAAAUUCAUCUUUGAUUACAAAGCAGUAGCUUAUGAUGAAAGUAUAGAUCUUAACUACAAAGAACAUCCUUGUAUCAUUGUGGGAAAAUACAGAGCCACGUUUUUAUCUGGGGUUUCUGAGACUCAAAACUAUAGAAUGAAAAAGAAAACUAAAUGAUGCUGCAGGUGAAAAAGAAGAGAGUAAAAAUAAAUUUCAAUACAUGCUCCUUGUGGAGUUGACGUAAUUAAAUAGCAUUUUUGUUGGGUGCCAAGUCAGGAUCUGCCUCAUCCUGUGGGGACUCAAUCCUGCUCCCAUUGAAGUAAUGAGCAAAGCUCCCAUUAUUUUUAAUGGAAGCUGGAUCAUACCCUGGUAUCUGUUACCAAGGAUGUAUUUACUCAGACUUCAUUGCAAAAUUAGGUGUGUCCAGAGAGACUGUAUGUUGUUUUGCCUUUACUAAUUAUGUUAGUCCUACUGAAUGCAUGCCUUGCUGCGAAGUGACAUGUAUUAAUGCAUUGCUCAUGCUGGUAUCAGGUAUCGCUUUUUUUUCUUUCACUGACAGUUUCUAAAUCUAGUUAUGUUCUUUGCUUUGGGUGCUUCUCUUUACUUCCUUGAAAAUUAGAUAGUAGAUGUGGAAAGUCUAUGCUGGGUGAUUUUUUUUUUUUCCUCUGCCAUAGCUGCUUCUUUGUUACAAAGGGUCUGCAGGUUCCCAAAUUCUGCAUUGUUCCCUUGCAUGCAUCUUGAUACUAUUGUAGAAUAAGAAGAGAGAACUAAUGCUUCCUAUGAAUUGUGCUUCCUGUAAUGACUUCCAUAGCAAGCCAGUGGCAUCUGACUAAAUGGAAAGGACCCAGUGAGACGGGUCUCUCCAGUCAGCCUCAUCUUAUGCAACAAAUACUUGUAGAACAUUUGGAACAAAGCCGUGCUUGCAAUCAAGAAGAUAUAACCGUGUUGUGAGCCAACCACAGUAGUUUCUUGUAACGUUUAACUGUUUAGUGUAGGAAGGGUUUGUGUGUCUAGUAUGGAGAGUGAAUCUGAGCCCCAUAGAUCCCUUCACCUCCCCUUUAUUCCUAUAUUCAUGACCAAACAUGCAGUAAAUAGGAGUCAAAGCCUUUAUGCAACCCAGUGAUAACAAUGCACCAAAACAACUAUUUGACUGGGCAGCUGGCUCAUGCAGUAGAAGUGAUCUGCAAAAAGGAAUAUAGGAAUAAAACCUAGGUUUCUCAGUACACUACUGUUAAUUUUGGUAUAGGGAAUAAAUACAGAGAAUCACAGGUCUAUGUUAUAUUAAAAGACAAAUAAAAUGUCAUGACAGUGUUGAUGAUAAUGAAGAUUAAAAGGAAAUAAUCUCUUGGCAAUCUUAAAAAUUGUGUGAGCCAUAGCAUAAUUUAUUGUGAACUGUAGUUCUUUUAAGGGUAGAGAAAAUUCUUCUAUAUUUAAUAUUACUGUUUUCAUUUUAUGAGCUAAAUAAUAGCUUUAGGUUAGCAUUUUUGCUAGCUAUUUACAUAGUUUAUUUUUCACUUGUACUAAUAUCUGAGUGCUUUCAUCUUUACAUCAUUGAGAAAUUAGAAUACUAUUUACCAUUUUAAUCAUUGUAUUAGCAUAUAAAGAAAGAUGCAGUAGUUUAGCAGGCACUGACUCAAAUUGUAUGCUAAUUACCUUACCAAAACAAAAUGUAGGUAAGCUUCAUACGUCAUAAACAGAUUUCAGUAUGAAGUAGUAUUUUUAUUUUUAAAGAAGUAUCUAUAUUGUCACUCUGUGAACUGUGACUUUGUAUCAGGCAGAGACUGCCAUCUUGGUUUGAUUUUUGCAGAUGCAAAAAGCUGUAAUGAAAGCAAGGCUUCUGAAGGCUAAAAUAAUAAUUUCCCCAAGCUUUAGUGCUAGAUGGCAGGGCAUUUGAGAUGAAAGUCACCUCUGUGCAGAGAGGCAGAACAAUACCUAUGUACCUUUUCUAUACGCUCUUGCGAAUUACAUUCUGGCCCUGUUGAAGUUUCUGGGAAUUUUGCUGUCAAUUUCACUGAGGCCAGAAUUUUACUCAAAAUGUUAAGGUUGUGAGUUCAGUGAGGUAUAGCUCCUGUACUGGUUUUCUGGAGUGGAGUGAAAUUCAUCCUUUGUUUAUGUUCCUCAGGGCAUCUUUCAGGAGAGACAUGCAGAGCCUUUUGAUCAUAUCUGGUCUCAUUUACAUUUUAGUUGAUGACCUUCUCAAGUAUUUAAUUUUUUUCCCCAAACAAAUUAUAAUGAUUCCUAGAAAUCAAUCUCCCUGGAAUGUGAGUAAAAUGGAUAUAUAUUUGGCACAAGAUCACUGUAGUGAUAAUACAAAGGCCUCCAAGAAAGAUAGCUCUUAAAGUACAAAACUUUUUGGAAGCUCAAGAGAGAAGUGAGAACCAUUUGAGCCCUCUCCUCCUUCUAUGAAACUUAUCCUUCCCAUUCCAAGCAUAUGAAAAGAUUAGAUUUCACAUAGAAUCUGACUUUGCCCCAUACAAGUGAGUAGGCACCUUCCUUUGACUUCAGUGGGCAUAUGACUGGACCUAUUAUUUUGAAGAUUUGUCUUCUAAAAUUGCAAAGCAUUCUGCAGUGAGGGAGCGAGUGGGACUGGAGCAGGGGUAGGUGCUGCCCAGCCGGGGUAGAGCACGUGACAGAGCCGUGGGCUGUUUGGGGGGCUCCUGAGUGCUGCUGCCACCCGGCCUGAGCACAGCCCCAGCCCAACCUCCCCCUCCCCACUCCUGCCGGGAAGAGCCCGGCACUGCCUCCAGCCUGCCCUCAUCCCACACACAGAUCCGGGGGGGGCACAUGCCCCCAUGGCUCCCCUAAGGGUGAGUGCAGCAGCGGGAGCUGCUCUCCACUCCCCCUCACGCUCCCCAGAUGAGCUGCUCAUGGCACCAUCCCCCGCCCUGGCUGCACAAUGCCUGCCCCAGCCCCCUCCUCCCUCACUGUGGGGGCCUCAGUCUGCCCUCCCCCCUACCUCCCUUCCCACCAACAGACUUAUCAGCCAGAUGCUGCUUUCCAAGCUGCCAGGCUGUAUAUUGGCAAUCGGAUUGAUACCGGCCAAUAUGGCUUGUUCAUAAUUGGUAUCAGCCCAAAAAGUCUUUAUCAGUGCACCCCUAGAAAUAUAUCUUGCAUCUGAUAAUUUUUUCAUCCUUCCAUCCAUUUUUUAAUUUAGCCAUGGAACCAACUGACCCAUACCUCAACCCCAAGUAGGAUAUGCUUAGUAAACAGUUACAUGCCCAAAGGACAAUUUCUACACAAUACUUUAUCCUUAGGUCAGUUGUUUGCUUUGUGACCAACUUCAGUGUUAAAAGAGAGGGCUACAAAAUUGCUUUUGAAUAAAGCUACUUACAGUGGGCACGCCUACACAUGCGAUUAAUGUGAAGCAAUAAAUUCUAGAACUUGUUGCUCCAGAGUUUAUUGCUCCAGGAUAUGCCAUUUGAACAUGUGCCCAGGAUCACAGUGUAUUAAGCCAGGCGGGAUCAGUCCUGGCUGGCAGGGACCCUGGGGGGUCAGUCUGCAAGCCCAAGGCUGUUCGCCCCCAGUUCAGUAUGCUAUGGAGGGGCUGGCUAGGGCACAAGGGUGUUCCAAUGUGGGGCUAACUGACAGGGGCAGCAUUUACACGUUUGCUGCUGUGGAGUAAAACACUCCAAAGCAGGAUAGUACUUGUAUUUAGUUCUUGUAUUCAAUUAGUUUACUCCAGCCUAAUAGGGAUGCACGUGUAGAUGUCCCACAUUUACUGCAAAGCUGGUUAGUCUACUCCCCAGUAAAUGUUUCAUGUAGACAUGCCCAGAAAUGCCUAAUACUUCCAGAUGCUGCUAGCCCACUUUUAAAUGAAGAGAAAUGUAGAAAUGUCAUCCUCUGUUACAGUCUUAGGUAGGGCUGUGCAAAAUUUCACCAUGUGUUUUAUUUUGAAGAUGUUUUGAGCUCAAAACAGCAAAUUCAAAAUGAAACAAGGGCAAUCAAAACAUUUUGAAAGUUUCUAAAUAUUUCAAGUUUUGAAGCCGGGCUUAUUUGGCUUCAGCGCUGAUCUCAGCUGGCAUCUGGUGCAGAUCUGGAGGCUGCGCUCCCCCCCUCCCCUCCCUGGGAAGAUUCUGGCACACCCCCAGCCUCCUGGGGGUUUAAGCCCCCGGAUCUCUGUGCCAGAUAACAGCAUGCUGUUGCUGCUGGCUGGGGCCAGUGGCAGCACCAGUCUUCCUGGCGCUCGGCAUGGGCUGAGCCCAGUGCCAGUCCUAGCCAGCAGCAGCAGCCAUCUGUCAUCCGGCAGGCAGAUCAGGGACCCGCAUCCCUGGGAGGAGUCCAGCAGAGUCCCUGCAGCCCUCCUGGGGGUGUGGGUGGGUCCCUGAUCUGCCUGCUGGAUGACUGGAGGCUGCUGCUGCCAGCUGGGGCCAGCAGCAGCACCAAUCUUCCCGGCACUGGGUGCGGGCUGCACCCACCACAGGUCCCACCCUGCAGCAGCAGCCUCCUGUGAUCUGGCAGGCAGAUUGGGGGCCUGCAGUCUUCCCACUUUUGCUUGUCAACACCUUGAGGUGCAGUUUCCCAGAAACCUCUGCACCUAUCUCCUUGAAACUUGCCAAACUUUAUGCCUGAAGAAGUGGAUACCAUCCCUGCAAGCUUCAUCUGAAUCAGGCAAGAAAUGGUAAAGAUUUAGCCAUUUUCAUGAUUCCCCAUUAUAGCCUAUGGGUGAAAUGUUGAAACAGCGAAACAGUGUUGACAGAACAAAACAGAACAGAACAGUGCUUUUGAAACUAAAUGGAACUCUAAAUGAAAUGCUGUUCUGUUGAAAUGUCGAAACGGAAGUCAAAGUGGAACGGUGCUGUUUUGCACAGCCCUAGUCUUAGGGCAUUUGUAUACGUGCAAGCACUGUAGCACUGGGCACUUUGAAAAGUGCCCAGCACUGUGACACUUGUGAUUAUAUAAGCAGCGAAAUGUGUGUCAGCUCUGAGAAAGUGGUGGUGGUGCACUUUUGAACUAAAACACAUAGAAGGUGCUUUAGUUUAAAAGCACACUGCUGCCAUUUUCUGUGCACUGGCUCACAUUUCACCACUUAUACAACUGCACAUGAUGCAGCGCAGCGCGGAUUAAUAGUCUGCUCCAAAGUGGCAGAUCUCCGGCACAUCACGGGACCAAAAAUGUGUAAAAUGCCCAUGGUUGACUUGUAUCAUUUUAUUUUUGCAAGGUGGUUUAAAUAUUAAGAAAUAUUCCACUGUGUGGGUCAGGCCCAGCGUCAACAUUCUCAUUUGUGUCCAUGAGAGAUUUGCUGAUUGAGGGAAGAGCAGGCCUCAAAAUGGAAUGCUUUCUAGUUUGUUAUACUCCACUUUGAUUGUCAAGGCAUUGAAAUAUUUCAUUUCCAGUCUUUCAAGAAAUCUUUAGGAUGGAUGAGGUCAAUUUUCAUGUGCUGCCAAGUCACAUCAGCUUUCAUAAAACAUAAUGCCCAGUGCUUUUUCAUCACAGUGAAUGAUUGUUUUCAUGUUGCAGGGAACUGUUAAAUAUCAAUUUUCCCCCUCAAAAGCUGUAAAGUACUUUUAAUAAAGCAGAAAGUUGGCAGUCACUUGAUUUACAUUUUAGUCAAAAAGCCAAGUAUUGGGGGUUUUUUUUAAUUAAAUUAAAAAGCAGUGCCUUCAAUAUAUCAAAAAUUGCUCACAAAUACUGUAUUUCUAUGUCUCUUAGCAGUUACGUAGCUCAGCCCUCUACUACCCUUCUGCUACACAGUUCUCAUGAGGAAAUAAUGGAAGGAGACAGCAAACUGGAUCCAGAGAAAGGAAACUAGAGGUCUGUACUUAGCCUUGCUCAUCGUGGGGAUAUUGUGCCUCAGAAAGACAAACUGAACCAUCAGGCAUGAAGUCCUUAUUCAAACUGUAGAAAAUAUUCUUCAGUAGAGAGAGAAGAGGAUCCAGAGCCUUUUUCUCUUUUUCCUUUGAAAGUUAUUUAAAAGCCCCCAAAUAAAUUAGCUUGUUUCUUAAAAAUAAAAUAUUCUUGUUACACACAUUCUUGUGCUUUUCUUCAUGAGUUAUGUAUGCAGGGUGUACAGGACACGCGUCUGUUUGCUUACAGAUAUGUCCGUGCUGUGAAGUAUUGUGGGUUAUUCUCUGUGUCCUCCUUGGGAUUCUAUUUUAGAUAGACCCAUCAGUAUACAACAAUGGGCUCUAGUAGCUAAAUUCCUAGAGUCUGGCUUACCUAUUAGAAACCUGUGUUUCAAGAACCAAAACUCCUACUUUUCAAUAUUACCUAAUGCAUAUGUGUAAUGAACACUGUCUUUAAAACCCUGGUUCUUCGCAGUAUUUCUUAAAGUCUAAGGGAUUCGCAUUGUGGAAUACAUUUAUGUAGGAUGGGUUUGACCCUGAAAGAUUCUGAACAACGUGGAGGUGCUGUGUUCCUUCACUUCUGUGUGCAGCCUCUUCAUUCAACACACAGCCUUGAAUCAUUUUUUACACACACACACACACGCACACACUAAUUGUAUGUACAUGAAUGAUUCCAUUGGUUUCAUGAAUCUGUAGUUGUUUGCCCUUGUCUAGACCUCAAACUCACUGUGCCCAGUAGCAGCACCCUGAAAUGCCCCAUGCUUCUCCUUGCUUGCUAGUCUCCCAGUGCAAGCUGUGUAAUCAUGUCAACAGCAGAGAGAGUUGGCUACACUUUGUCUAGUUAGGGGAUAGCAUGUCCAGUACAAUGGGUUCAUGGAUUGCCAAUGUAGUAAGUUUGCAGUGUAGAAAUAGCUCAACUUGUUGAAUGGGCCUUAAAACAACUAUCUGUACAAGCAACACUAACUUUAGCUUAGUACUAGCUAGGACAAGAAUAUGUAUCUUACUUUUACUUACUUUUAAAUUAUUUAUUCCUACUUUCUUUGUUCCUCCUAUCUUUUUGUUACAACUGUGUUUGUUUGAUCCCUUCCUCUAUUAUUGAGUCUUUGUUGAAGAAUGCUGAAUUCUUGCAAGUUUAAUUGAAAAAUUAUGAUGGAUGAUUGUUUCUCAGGGUUCUGAAAAAAAUGAAUUUAUACAAGGUAUACCUUUUUCAUUAAUAAGGUUUCUAGUAUACUUCUAUUGAAUGCACUAUUUUGGAGGUGUAUGUCAAGUAAGUAGAAGAGGUUCUUUGUCUUAUGCAGACAGUGGUAAGUGAAAAGAAAUAUAUUAAUACUUUUCAAGAUCUCCAAAAUAGUACAGUUAAUGUACUUUAAAUAUGUAAAUUAUUUCUGAUUCUUGCUUGUAAUAAUAUUUUAGAAGUUUGAAAUUGAAACACCUAAGGCUGCAGUCCUUCAAAGAGUAAUGUAAGUGUUUAACUUCAUGCACUGUAGGUAAUCCCAUUGGCUUCAAAGGGACUACCAAGCAUACAAAGUCAGCCCCAUGCUUCAGUCAUUCCAGAAGCAGAACCUAAUUCCAGUGCUGAUUAUUAAAAAAUUGAUGUUUAUUAUUAUUUUUUGGUGAAACAAAGAAAUGCUGUGUUUAUUUUAAGCAAAAUGUAUUGUUUUGAAGAAACAUUUGUAAAACUAUAUGCAUUUUGAGAGUGGAUACAAGAACAAUGGAAGAAGGAUUGGGCUUAUCAUCCUAUACUUUUUUAAUAUAGGCAGAGAACUGGGCUUAAACAAGCUUUGUCCUGAUGUAAAAUCACCCUUUAUGUUGGUAUAAACAGAGAACAGACGCAUGCCAACAUAAGUUCCUUGAAUCUGGUGUAGAGGAAAAUGAGUAGAAUUGUACCCAUGUAAGUGGAAUGCAUCCAUAGCUAUCCAGGAGUAGCCAUUUUCUCAUAAGCCACUGAUUCUCAACCAGGGUGCUAUGGCACGCUGGUCUGCCUUGAUAUCCUUCCAAGGGUGUUACGGGGUGCCAUACAAUGUUAGAUGUGCAAAUGUGAUUCACAAGAUAAACCCAGAAACUUCAAAUAGGAAUCUGUAGUGUUUAAAAACUUUUGUGGUAUUGUAAUCUUUCUGAGUUCUUUGUACAGAAAAUUGCGCUGCUACUUUUCUAUAGUCAAAAAAUGAACAAAAACUAGAGGUGACAGUUUCCAAGCAAUGUCUUGAGUCUGAAAAGGUUCAGAACCACUGUCUUAAGCAAGCUGUGUCAUUCUUUCCUGCCACCUCAUGGUAAAGGUUUGCAAUAGUUCCUACUGUGAAAUGCUACUGGGUGAUUGCCUUCUCAUUAGACCUGUAAACAAAGUACUCAAGACUUUUUUCUUCCUCUCUUAUUAUUAGCUGUGUUGCUAAUGCAAAAUGGCCACUUUGUUACCUUCUAGAAAAGGUUUCAUUCAGCAGUGGAUGAAGUGAGCCCUGUAUAGUUGGGAGGCCAUAAAUAGGAGUUGCACAUUUGGGAUGAGUAUAGGAUAUAACCUAGAGUUUGUACAGUGCAGUGAGCGCCACCAAGAUUAAAGUAGCAGAAUUUAUUUUUAAAAGAUAUACUAUUUUUGUGUACUUUUAGCCUGACAAACACAGCUGUAAAAGAUUUUUUUAAAGUGAUUUAGUGGAACAAUGCUACUUGUAUACAUACAGGAAUACAAAAUUAUUUGCCAAUUUAACUUUGCUGAUGUAUGACCAGAAACAUUCGAUGGUAUCUGCCCAAUUCUUUCUUACUUUGUUUAUUUGCAUAAUUUCAGGACUUCUACAGUAAUUUAUGAGUAAAAUGAUCAGGCUUUGACCCAUCUUACUUCAGGUGAAAAGGUCAAGUGCAAGGUGGUCAAGACCAGCAGUGUUUCAAAUUAUUCAUAUUUCUGCAAGAAGUGUCAAUGGAAACAGCUACUGAAACUUAGCAGCUAGACUGUGCAAUAUCAUAUAAUAAGGAAUUGCAGGGAGGUCCCACACAAUGGCAUUUGCACAGUUACCUAUUUUGAAGGAACACUACCCUCUGUGGCAGUGGGUUGUAUAGAUAAAAUCAAAGGCAGAAUUUGUUCCUAGGUAUUAAAAGUAGUUUUCUAUUAAAACAAUUGUGUUUAGCAUUGUUUGCUGGCAUGCAGUUGGUGGGAUUGUAUAGAUAGAACUGAGAGCAGACUUAUACAUCUCUUAAUGAGAUUUUAUACUAAAUAUGUACGGUGUAAGAGCUUGUUGUGGGCUAUUUAAAUUAAAUGCAAAAAGCUUUAGCUGCUGGCUAUAUAAUCCACUGCAUAAGCUAGUGAAUUGAAGUGGCAGGUACGUGGGUAUUAGAUGCAAAUAUACAUAUUUUUCAUGUCACUUACUGGGAAUUGGCAAGAGAUCUUUUGACAGUUGAUAACCUUGCUGUUCAUUCUGUUUUAAGAUGGUGAAUUUCUACCACUCUUCUUACACAUGAGUGCAGCCAGGAAAAAGCACAGAGGGAUCAUGGUAUCUGCACAUUAUCCAUGCCUAGACAAAUCUGCUGCUUAUCUACAUGACCUUAGCAGGAUCAGUCAAUACAUAGGGAGAGUCACCUCAGUCACCCCAAAAAAGCAAUAUUUUAAAAUCCCCCCUUCAUCCAGUGUUCUUUUAAAUGCAUGUUCCUAAAUGGAUAUGUAGGAACAUGGUGCUUCAUGCAAUUAUUCAGUUGACGUUUUUCACCACAGAGAGGACUGCAUGUCCUGGUGGCCGGAGUAAUUACUUGAAAAAAAAAGUUUUUGAAGUGCUUUGAAAAUGUUAAGGCUGAUACAUAAAGCUAUAAGCCCAGGUUACUGCAUUACAUGCAGUGGUCAGCCCAGUGCUGAAGCUGCCAUUAUAACAUUCUCAUUGCCUUUUUUGUAGGAAUUAUGUUUCUUCCCUCUCAACAGAACUUUUUAAAACAAAAUAUGUAUUUCUGUGCCUCUUGAAAAUUGAACCUGAGCAAUUUCACCAAGCAGCCUGUUCCCUCUCCAUUAUGACAUAUUAAUUUUUGGCUUAAAUGAUAGCUGUAGGUGCCUGAAAAUAAAAAUUCAUUCCAGCUGUCUUCAUUGUAUUAUCAUUCUUUAAUCCAGAUGCAUACUAUUGUUACCUUUCAUAAUUCUCAUUUAUAAGAUCUUGAUUUUUCCUAAUGAGCACAUGUCACAGAGAGGAGAAUCAGGUCCAUUUGUUGCCUCUGCUGUCAUGACAUGAUUACGUAUGUCUGUCUUGGUGACACAUGGUCCAUCAGCCCUGAUGUUCUAAGUCUGGAAAGUAGAUUGAGUCAAACUCAUCCCUAAAAUUGCUUCACUAAAACUAAUGGCAUUGCACUAAAGGGGAUUUCUACACAAAUGUUUCAGAAAACAUAUUUACAAAAACUUUAUAUUUAGUGGGCUGAACACAUAGCUUGUUCCUUGAUGAUAAUAUACUAUGAUAGACCAUGAAAUCAUGGCCCCCAUUAAAGUCAAUGGCAAAACUCCCAGUAUAGAAAGCUUCCAAAUGAUUAAUUUUGAAGUAUUCUUUUCAAGUGAAGAUCUCAGAAUUAAUUAUAAUAUUAUUGUACUUUGUUUUAUGUGAGUAAGUAACAUUUAUUGGAAUUUCUCCCCACCACUUUGUUCCAUAUUUCAAUGUGUUACUCAAGGAAAAAAACCCUUACAAGGUCAUCAUGUUACCAAAAAGGAGUAUAUGCAUGUACAUCCAGAUCCUACCAAAGCACAUGCAAACCUUGGUUUUCUUUGUAUAGCAAAGUAUGUUGGGCAAGUUGUGUGGGUGCUAGUGUAGAAAGGGUUAGAUCAGUGAGAGCCAAGCACUUUCUCAGGAGCACUACAAAUUAGUCUUAUACCUUCCCUGAGCACCAGUCCAAUCCCCUUCCUGUACCUGAUCUGCUGCUCUGUUUUCUGCUCCCUUACCAGCCCGCUGUUCUGCUUUCUGCCUCAUGCCCCAUGCUCCUUGCCUGAUCUGCUGCUCUUCUUUCUGUUCCCUGCCUUAUCUGGCACUUUGCUGCCUGUCCUCCUGCUCCCCUUCCCACCAAAUCUGCUGCAUGCCAUAUCCAGAGGCUGCUUGUGCCAGUUCAGGCACUUGUGCUGCAGGUUGGUCACCUCCAGAUUAGAGCAUUUUUUCCAUGUGCAGCUUGUGCUUUUCAACUCCUUAGAUGGAAUCCUUCUUCACUAAAAUCAAGUGAAACAAACGUCAAGGAAUUUACUGGUUUUGAACAAUUCCACACCCAUCAAAAUUUCCCCCAAUGCCUGCUGGCUCCAGUUUGAGUGCAGACAGUGUGUUCAUAAUGGAAACAAGCUUGGUGUUCUGGGGCACUAAAUUCAACAAAGGAAAUUACAUACUUAAUGAGGGUCUUAUUUUAGAGACUUCUUUUCAGAGUGCCUGUCAGAACUAAAAAAAAAUACUCCAUUUGCUCUAUUUUCCACACACAAAAACUGACAUAGAUAAAACAUAACUUGUCUCUUCUAAGACCAUGUCUAGGUGAAGUCUGCUGUUGACAAAACUCCACUAGACUGUAUAAAAUAUUGUAAUGUCAAUGCUGCAAAAUCUUUACUCGUAAAUAUUCACAGUAUUAAGUACACUGUUAAUAGGCAAGAUGUUCCAUUUGUUUGUUUCCACUUAAACCAGAAGUUAUUUGGUUCAAUUUAACUUAAUACAACCUUAAGUUUAACCUCUCUGCUGUGUCCAACAUUGAAUUUAUUAACAAAAUUUUACAGGCUUUGGCCCAUUGCCUUCAGCUGCAGCUAAUUUGGUUUUAUUUAUGGGAAGGGGGAAGAAUUCACCUAGACAGGUCAUAUAUUGUAUUUGUUUGUUGAGGGAAGCCUUGUCAUUCCAAUAUAAUAAUUGUGGCUUCUGUACAGUAGGUAAGCCUAUCAUUUAGCUUUUCAAAGUUUAGUGCAUUCCAAGUAGUAUCCAAAUCAAUUUUUCUAAUUUUUACAGACAGAUUAAAAUUUUUAGCUUCAUUCUACCCUCUUCAGGCAGAUAGUUUUUCCUGGGGGCAUAUACGCAUGAGCAAUGCAGAUUGUAGCUAUCUAAGGUAUUGUGAACAUGAGUAUCAUGUAGAGCUACAGUAAAGGAAAAUUGAUAUAAUUUGAAAUACUUAUUUUCCAGAGUUCCUUUUGUAGGUUAAAUGCACAGCAGUGACUUUUCUCUCUGUUAUACAGAGGAGCCAAUAUACUGUUACACACCACACAACUUCACCCGCGACCAAGCCUUGUAUGCCAGAGGAUAUUGUUGGACAGAACUAAAAGAUGCCUUGCCAGGAGUUGAUGCCAACCAUUGGCCCUCCUUGUUUGAGCAUAAGUUCCUUCCUUAUGCACUGCUAGCUUUUGCUGGUAUAAUGUACAUUCCAGCUCUUGGCUGGGAGUUUCUGGCCUCCACCAGACUGACUUCAGAGCUUAAUUUUUUGCUUCAGGAGAUUGAUAACUGCUACCACCGUGCAGCAGAAGGGCGUGCACCAAAAAUAGAGAAACAAAUUCAAUCCAAAGGCCCAGGAAUCACAGAGAGAGAGAAGAGAGAGAUCAUUGAGAAUGCAGAGAAGGAAAAAAGCCCAGAGCAGAACUUGUUUGAAAAAUACCUGGAAAGAAGAGGGAGAAGUAACUUUUUAGCUAAACUUUAUCUUGCAAGACAUUUAUUUAUAAUAUUUUUAAGCAUUAUACCCAUCACAUAUUUAUCCACCUACUAUGCUACCCAGAAGCAAAAUGAGUUUACGUGUGCACUAGGGGAACCUCCGGACAAAACAAGCAACUCCAAAUUGCACAUCCGAGUGAACUGUAAACUGCCAUCGGUCCAGCUCCAGCGUAUAAUUGCUGGAGUGGACAUUGUCCUCCUCUGCUUUAUGAACUUGAUCAUUCUUAUCAACUUAAUUCACCUCUUCAUAUUCCGCAAGUCCAACUUCAUAUUUGAUAAAUUGAACAAGGUGGGGAUAAAGACCAAAAAACAGUGGCAGAAGUCUCAAUUUUGUGAUAUCAAUAUUCUAGCUAUGUUUUGCAAUGAAAAUCGGGACCAUAUAAAAUCACUGAACCGCCUGGAUUUUAUUACAAAUGAAAGUGAUCUGAUGUAUGACAAUGUGGUACGCCAGUUGCUUGCAGCCUUGGCUCAGUCGAACCAUGAUGCUACACCAACGAUGCGUGAUUCAGGGAUUCAAACAAUAGACCCCAGUAUUGAUCCAGCAGACAUUGAUGCCAAUGAACAGCUCAUCAUUAAGAGACCUAGAAAGAAAAUGAAAUGGAUUCCAAGUAGCAAUCCACUCCCUCAGCCAUUCAAGGAGCAGUUAGCCAUUAUGAAGGUUGAAAACCACAAGCCUGAAAAGCCUAAGCCAGUGCGCAGAAAAACAGCAACUGACAGUCUUAUAGCUCCUCUGCUAGAGUCCACAGCAAAAUCCUCACAGCAAUCAUCAUCUCAGAAAACUGAGCCAAAUACCAUCUCUGGUGCAAAUAAUGAAAAAAAGCAUACCCGCCACUUUUCCCUGGACGUCCAUCCAUAUAUACUUAGUAGUAAAAAACCCAAACCAGAGAUUCAAGCCAUUGCCUCAAUGCCUACAUCCAAUAGUCAAGAGGGUGGAUUUUUAAACCAAGAAGAAAAUGUCAUAGUACAUGUCACCUCUUCUCUCAAAGACCCACAUCCUGAAAAAGAUGCUCUGUACUCAUCUGAGACAUGCAGAACUGUACCUGCUGCAGGGGUGUUUCUCACUUGUAACCACAAACAUAUAGCAACAAGUGCUGCUGCAACAAAUGUAACUCUGAGCCAGGCCAAAUCAGAGCCAACACCUGCACUAAACUGUAAUGCUGCUCACCCUCUGCUGCACAUCAAUACACUGUAUGAAGAUCAUGAGGAAGAGGUUUCAAACCUUAUAGACAAUGGUAUUCACUCACCAACUGAACCCAGGGAAAUACUAUCCAUACCAACCCCAAAACAGAGAAUGAUAGCAACGUUUGAUGAACCAAUGGCAAUAGUGAGCUCUGUGGAGUACUAAAGAGACUGCACGGCACAGCUGUACCCUGAUGGUUAGGUCUAGCACCACUGUAAGUUAGACCUUGCUAUCCACAACAAUGCAAUUUACUGCAUGAGCAUGGAGAGUUUUAAUACAAACUAUAAGCUUUGGUAAUACUUCAGAUGUUUUCCAGGGUCACAUCAUCACACUGUCAGUAGCGUACAAAACAGAAGAAUAAUAAAUCCAGAUGGAAAUACACCUUUACUGUCAACCCCCUCCCCACUGCCAUGUGACACAAAAUUGUAGCCUCCUGAGCUCCACAUGGUCCAGACAACUUCUGAAAUAUUCAUUCAGUGACACAUCGCAGCAAUUUUUUAUAGAGUGCUUAUAUCCCCUGUAGCUGACAAUCGCGAAUUCAAGUUAAACAAACAAAGGUAAGGUGUAUAUUCCAUUUUAAUGGCAGGAGUUGAGAGUAUCAACUAAUAAGAGGAAAAUGUCAGGGGAAUGUUUCUCAAGAAACAGGAACAAUCUGCAGACAAGCUUUUCUUCAUUUUUGUUUUUUUGGCUCACUAAUGCUGGGCUUGAUGGAAAUUUAGGUUGAGGGGCCUAUUAACACCAGUGGUUAGUGCAAAAGAAAUUGAAAUUCUUCAAUUUCUUGUAUGCCUGAAUGAGAAAUUCCAUGCCCUUUAACAAGCUUAUAUGUUUGAUGGAAGAUGAUAAAAUGAAGAGUUUAUUUUUUUAAAUAUAUUUUACCAUAAAAAUUACUUUGUAGCUUUUCAAAUCAGGUGUUAAUUUAACAAAAUGGGUAGAAGAGGGUCAUUAUAGCUGCUUAUUUUUUCAUAGUAUUUCUGUAAACCAGGUUAAAAACUUUCAUGGGUGCUUUAUUGAUAUGAAAAAUCUUACUGAGCUGAUAAAAUAUUAAACCAGCAAUUUUGUCAAACAAUGCACAGUUAAGGAGAACUAUGAAUUUAAGUCUGCAGUAUCUCCAGAGGCCAAUCCAGCAAAACACUUAAGUAUGUGCUUAGCUCUUGGCAAAUGAGUAAUUCCGCUGACAGUCACUGAGACUAUUCACAUAUUUAAACUUAAACGUAUGCCUAAGUGUGUCUGCUGGGCCUGGAUCCUAAUGUAUGCAGACAGUAAUCCUGCAGUAUAUGCUCUCCUUGUGAUUCAAAUUCUGCCUAUCUUGGCUGAAAGCACAUCCUCAUGCCCAUCUUCCUAUAACUUUUACAUGUGUGAUUUUUAUUAGAAAACUCUAGGGUAAUUAAAACAUCAACUAAAAAUGUAUCAUGCAAUAACCAUUCUCAGCAAAAUUAUAGUGAAAUAAAAGUAACUUGAAAUAAUUACAGCUGCAUUCAAAAUUAUGGACUUUUGUGUGUUUGCUUCAAAAUUCUGCAUAAUGGUAGAACAAAAUAUACAGCACAAGUAUGGGACUGAAAUCUUAAAUAUAUUUUUAAUUUAUAUUACCUCAAACAUGGAUAUGUGAUGCCAGUAUUUAAUGAAAAAUAGCACUGAAAAUAAACAUUAUUCUGAAUAUC